AUGAAUCCAGCUGAUCAACCGCUUCAGCGCAUCCUGUGGAGGUUCUCACCAGACGAACCUGUGAAGUCGUACCAGAUGACAACGGUCACUUAUGGAACUGCGUCAGCGCCAUAUUUAGCAACCAAAUCCCUCCAACGUUUGGCCCAAGACGGUGAGAGCAGCUAUCCAGCAGCAGCAGCGGUGAUCAAGAAGGAUGUUUAUGUCGAUGAUCUGAUGACAGGAACUGAUGAUCCAGAAGAAGGUGCCCAGCUGGUAUCAGCUGUCAAUACUUUGACCAACUCUGCAGGAUUCGUUCUUCGGAAAUACUGUUCGAAUAGUCCUGAAAUAUUGUCGAAAAUCCCUCCAGAGCUGCGAGACGAAAGGACAACACUUGAGCUUGAUUCGUCGACAGCGACAGUGAAGACUUGUUCAGGCAAAAAUAUUUUUGCAACAAAUUUGGAGGAAAAGGCUGAUUGGGAUGAUCCGCUUCCAGACGAUAUGAAGAUUUUCUGGGAGGAGUACCGCCGCAAUUUGAUUGCUUUAGAAUCGUUUUCUGUGCCCAGGUGGACGGGCUAUCUCAACAACUUGACCAGUGUAGAGCUCCACGGUUUCUGCGACGCUUCAGAAGCCGCAUAUGGAGCAUGUAUCUACCUUCGCUGUACAUCAGAUAAAGGGUCAAUCACAGUUCGGCUCGUCACAGCAAAAUCUAAAGUAGCACCCUUAGAAGAUUUGGUUCGCAGGAAGAAAAAGCAAUCAAUUCCCAGAUUAGAAUUAUCAUCUGCCCUUCUAUUGGCCCACCUGUACGACAAGCUGCGGCAAAGUAUUCCAUUCACAAUCUCUGCGUAUUUCUGGACCGACUCCAUGAUUGUCAAGUACUGGCUCGCUUCACUUCCAUCCAGAUGGCAAUCAUUCGUGGGCAACAGAGUGUCGGAAAUACAACACAUCACCAAAGGCGGAAUUUGGAAUCACAUCUCAGGGACAGAGAACCCGGCAGACAUCAUCUCCAGAGGCAUGAGUCCAGCGCAGCUGCAAUACCAGUCACUGUGGCUGGAGGGCCCCAGCUGGUUGAAAUUCGAUAGAUCCGUCUGGCCAGCAAUCGUUGAACACCCAUCAGAAAUCGACAACUCCCUGCUCGAAGAAAAACCAGCAGCAGCUUUGCCAGUUCAAGCUCAUCCACCAAGUUUUAUUUUCGAAUUGAACUCUUCGUUGCCGCAUCUUGUUCGAGUUGUUGCUCUGCUGCAAAGAUUCAUCCACAACUCAAAGAAGCGGAAUCGUGAUACCAAACGCAUCGGCCAAGUAUCAUUGGAAGAAGUUGACGAGGCCUUGCAGGCACUAGUUAAAUUAUCCCAACGUGAGACGUUUCCCGAGGAGCUGAAAGCUUUGCGUACGAACCACGACAUUAGAACAUCAUCCCCCCUUUCUUCGUUGAAUCCUGUACUCGUGGAUGGAACAAUGCGCGUCGGUGGCCGGCUGCGCCAUGCUGCUAUUUCGGAAGACAGGCGCCAUCCGUUCAUUCUACACCCGAAACAUCCUCUGACCAAAACCAUCAUGCGUCAUUAUCACCUGAAGAAUUUUCAUGCGGGACAGCAGCUGUUAGUGUCGACAGUUCGUGAGCGGUUUUGGCCAAUUCACAUCGACAGUUUGGCUCGCAAGGUGAUAUUUGAAUGCGUGUCAUGCUUCCGGAACAAACCAAAGGUGCAGCAACAACUGAUGGCAGAUCUCCCUCCAGAACGGGUGAAUCCGGACUUUGUUUUCAACAAGGUCGGCGUUGAUUUGUGUGGUCCCUUUUACAUCAAAUAUCCAGUUCGGAAAACAGCUCCAAUUAAAUGCUUUAUAGCUAUUUACGUUUGCCUGGUGACCAAGGCGGUUCACAUGGAAAUUGUCGCUGAUCUGUCCACCCAAUCCUUCCUCGCAUCAUUCAAGCGCUUCACUGCUAUUCGGGGCACUCCCAAAUUAGUAAUGUGCGACAACGCCAAGAACUUCGUCGGCGCUGAUCGCGAGCUUCGAGAGUUGAAACAACUCUUCGUUGACCAACAAUUCCAACGCACCGUAAUCACCGAAGCCGAGGUAGAUGGCGUUGACUUCAAAUUCAUCCCUCCCCGUUCUCCCAACUUCGGAGGCCUAUGGGAGGCGGCCGUCAAAUCAUUUAAGCGGCAUUUUCGUAGAACCAUCGGCAACAAUCCUCUUACGUACGAUGAGCUUCACACCGUAGUCCACCAAAUCUCUGCCAUCUUGAACUCUCGGCCUCUAACUCCACUUAGCAACGAUCCCGACGACUACCAAGCACUUACUCCGGGACAUUUCCUAAUUGUCUCUGUGGCAAGAAAAAGAAAUGUUCGUGCAGCGGAUCUGGCAAAGGUGGUCUACAGAAUAUCCGCCAAUCUACAUAAUCGUACCAAGUGGACCAAGAAGCGCAACAACAUACACGUCGGAACAAUGGUGCUGAUUAUGGAGGAAUAUAUGCCAAAACAGAGUUGGUGCCUAGGCCGUGUUAUCAACUGCAUCCCGGGCCCAGACGGACACGUCCGGGUAGUGCUGGUGAAGACCAAGGAUACCACUCUCAAACGGGGAAUUUCGAAGAUCUGCGUCCUUCCAAUACGAGACAACUUCGACGAACUACCAUCGCAGGAGCACUAG